UAGCAAUUAAUUCAAAGAGCAUCAUUUACAGAGCAGUACAGCUUGCUGUUGCUUUAGAUUGCGGACUGCGGUGACUCCCUCCUCAUCGGUCCCUCACCUUAACGCGCUGCACCAUGGCAUUGACGAUCUGCACACGGUUUACGGAUGAGUACCAGCUGUACGAGGAGCUUGGGAAAGGAGCUUUCUCUGUGGUGAGACGAUGUGUGAAGAUCUCAUCAGGUCAAGAAUAUGCUGCAAAAAUCAUCAAUACCAAGAAGCUGUCAGCUAGGGAUCACCAGAAGCUGGAGAGAGAGGCUCGGAUUUGCAGACUGUUAAAACAUCACAAUAUAGUCCGUCUCCAUGACAGUAUAUCAGAAGAGGGCUUUCACUAUCUGGUGUUUGAUUUGGUCACUGGAGGAGAACUGUUUGAAGAUAUUGUUGCAAGGGAAUAUUACAGUGAAGCUGAUGCCAGUCACUGUAUUCAGCAGAUCCUGGAGAGUGUUCAUCACUGCCACAUUAAUGGCAUUGUCCACAGAGAUCUGAAGCCUGAGAACCUGUUGUUAGCGAGCAAGCUAAAAGGAGCUGCAGUAAAACUGGCUGACUUUGGACUGGCUAUAGAAGUGCAGGGUGAACAGCAGGCCUGGUUUGGUUUUGCUGGGACUCCUGGUUAUUUAUCUCCCGAGGUUCUGAGGAAAGAUCCUUAUGGUAAACCGGUGGACAUGUGGGCCUGUGGUGUGAUCCUGUACAUCUUGUUGGUUGGGUAUCCUCCAUUUUGGGAUGAAGAUCAGCACCGUCUUUAUCAGCAGAUCAAAGCUGGAGCCUAUGAUUUUCCCUCCCCAGAGUGGGACACGGUGACUCCCGAGGCAAAAGAUCUGAUCAAUAAAAUGCUCACCAUCAAUCCGAAUAAACGCAUCACAGCAACAGAGGCUCUCAAACACCCCUGGAUCUGUCAACGUUCUACUGUAGCCUCCAUGAUGCACCGACAGGAAACUGUGGAGUGUCUCAAGAAAUUCAACGCCAGGAGGAAGCUGAAGGGUGCCAUAUUAACCACUCUACUAGUCACAAGAAACUUCUCAGCAGCCAAAAGUCUGAUCAACAAGAAGCCAGACGGUGUUAAGGCUAACAAUAAAGCUAACAAAGACUCCAGCACAUCCUCCCCUGCUCUGGAACCUCAGACUACAGUCAUUCACAAUCCAGUGGAGAGAAACAAGGAAUCCACAGAGAGUAACAACACCACAAUAGAAGAUGAAGAUAUGAAAGCCUGCCAAGUAAUCAAUAAAGCUCGAAAGCAGGAGAUUAUUAAAGUUACAGAGCAGCUGAUCGAAUCCAUCAACAAUGGAGACUUUGAAACUUAUUCUAAGAUUUGUGAUCCUGGCUUGACAUCCUUUGAACCUGAGGCACUGGGAAAUCUGGUUGAAGGACAUGAUUUUCACCGCUUCUACUUUGAACACGCUCUGUCGAAGGGCAUCAAACCAGUUCACACCAUUCUGUUAAACCCUCAUGUGCACCUGAUCGGCGAGGAUGCUGCAUGUAUCGCCUACAUACGACUAACACAGUACAUGGACAGCGGCCGUCCGCGAACCACCCAGUCUGAGGAAACGCGAGUGUGGCAUCGCCGUGAAGGGAAGUGGCAAAACAUCCACUUUCACCGGUCUGGAGCCCCCAGCAGCAAUUGAUUGAGUCUGAAGUUCCUAAGUGAGAUCAACUGCAUCUUAUCACCAAUCAACAAUUUAUCAAACUACCCAAGUUUCUUCCUGUCAAGAUUCAGCCAAAACACACACACACACACACACACACACACAGCCAUGUUAAAUAGAUGGCGUGUGUGUGUUUUUAAGCAUUUUCUUUUUAAACAAAAGUUCCUGCCAUGUGUUUGGUUCUGGUGAUGUACAUAUAUUAAAUAUGUGGAUGUUCAUUUAUUAAUACACUCUGAAUCUUAGCUUACCCAUAAAAUUCUCAGACACACACACACACACACACACUAACACACACUGCAAGUACACAUAAAAAUAAAUAGAUAUAUAUCCAAUAAGAAUGUAGCAUAUCGAGCACAUCAGCUGUGCAUGCUAAUUUUCAUAUGUAUGAAAUUCUCGGACGAUCACAAACCUCAUUGAUAUUUAUGUUUACUAAUGUUAAUAAAUAUCUAAUACUUUUACUUCUUUUAGCUUUUA